AUGGCAUCCAUUUCUUUCGGUUGGCUGCAGUGGCAACAAAUGGACAUUGAAUAUACUUUCUGGCAAAUACUUCAUCUAUGUACCUCCCCGAAAGUGGUUUAUCAACACACGAAGUACCAUAAGCAAACAAAGAACCAAUGGGCACGUGAUGAUCCUGCAUUUGUUGUGAUAUGCACUCUUCUUUUGGCAGUUUCUACAAUAGCUUAUUGUGCAGCGUAUGAUCAUAGUGCAGGACAUGCUGUUUUUGUAGUUCUUUCAGUACUUCUUUUCCAUUUCCUAAUAACUGGGGCAGUUUUGGCUACAUUUUGUUGGUUCUUUACAAACAAUUAUCUUCGAGAAGAAGCUGCAAACAGCCAUGUGGUGGAGCAAAGGGUAGAGUGGUUGUAUGCCUUUGAUGUACAUUGCAACUCUUUCUUCCCAAUGUUCGUGUUGCUUUAUGUUGUGCAUUAUUUUCUAUCACCUCUUCUGGUAGCUCAUGGUUUUGUUCCUGAAUUGUUAUCAAAUUUGCUCUUCAUGGUGGCUCUUUCCUAUUAUCAUUACCUCAAUUUUUUAGGCUAUGAUGUAUUGCCCUUUUUGGAGAGAACUACUUUAUUUCUAUAUCCAAUUGGCAUUGUCAUAGUCCUUUCCCCUAUCUUGAUAUUGAGCGGCUUCAAUCCAUCAAGAUAUUUUAUGAAUGUGUACUUUAGUCAAUUUCUAUAG